GCUAAAUUUAAAGUAAAUUGUAAAAUUUAAUUUAUAAAGUUUUUUGUAAUUCUUUUAAAGGAAUCAGUUUUUAAGUGCAACUCGGUACUUCGGAUGAAAUGGAGGAGAUUGUAGAAAUGAAGAUGAGUCCCCACCACAGACGAGGGAUAUAUAACCACCAUCGAGCAGCCUGUGAAUAUCACAUUCACCCCAAGCAAUGAAGGUCAUCUGUGCUAUUUUGUGCUUCAGUGCACUUUUGCAUCAGGCAUUGUCUGGAUGGAGUAGUGGAGGCUCUUCAGGAGGCUGGUCUGGGGGCGGAGGUGGUGGCGGAGGAUGGAAAAGCGGUGGUGGUGGAGGCGGUGGAGGAGGAGGCUGGAAAAGCGGUGGUGGUGGAGGCGGUGGAGGAGGAGGAGGCGGUGGUCAAGUGUCACUACAACCGGCGAUUAUAAAGAUCAUCCUUUUGGGAGGUGGCGGAGGUGGUGCUGGAAAUGGAGGAGGAGGUGGCAAGGGCGGAGGAGGAUGGUCAAGUGGAGGUUCUGGUGGUGGAGGAUGGUCUAGUGGAGGAUCCAGUGGAGGUGGAUGGUCAAGUGGAGGCAGUAGUGGAGGAAGCAGUGGAUGGUCAAGUGGAGGUAGCAGUGGAGGAAGCAGUGGAUGGCCAAGUGGAGGUAGCAGCGGAGGAAGCAGUGGAUGGUCGAGUGGAGGCAGUAGUGGAGGAGGCUUGAGUAGUGGAGGCUCUGCGGGAGGUUGGUCUGGAGGUGGUGGUGGUAGCGGAGGCUGGAAAAGCGGUGGUAGUGGAGGCGGUGGAGGAGGAGGCGGUAGUCAAGUGUCACUGCAACCAGCCAUCAUAAAGAUCAUCCUUUUGGGAGGCGGCGGAGGUGGCGAUGGGAAUGGAGGUGGAGGUGGCAAGAGCGGAGACGGAUGGUCAAGUGGAGGUUCUAGUGGAGGCAGUAGCGGAGGAAGUAGUGGAUGGCCAAGUGGAGGUAGCAGUGGAUGGUCUAGUGGAGGUAGCAGUGGAGGAAGCAGUGGAUGGCCAAGUGUAGGUAGCAGUGGCGGAAGCAGUGGAUGGCCAAGUGGUGGUAGCAGUGGAGGAAGCAGUGGAUGGCCAAGUGUAGGUAGCAGUGGAGGAAGCAGUGGAUGGUCAAGUGGAGGUAGCAGUGGCGGAAGCAGUGGAUGGCCAAGUGGAGGUAGCAGUGGUGGCAACAGUGGAUGGCCAAGUGUAGGUAGCAGUGCUGGAAGCAGUGGAUGGUCAAUUGGAGGUAGCAGUGGCGGAAGCAGUGGAUGGCCAAGUGUAGGUAGCAGUGGAGGAAGCAGUGGAUGGCCAAGUGGAGGCAGCAGUGGAGGAAGCAGUGGAUGGCCAAGUGGAGGUAGCAGUGGAGGAAGCAGUGGAUGGCCAAGUGGAGGCAGCAGUGGAGGAAGCAGUGGAUGGCCAAGUGGAGGUAGCAGUGGAGGAAGCAGUGGAUGGCCAAGUGGAGGUAGCAGUGGAGGAAGCAGUGGAUGGCCAAGUGGAGGUAGCAGUGGAGGAAGCAGUGGGUGGUCGAGUGGAGGCAGUAGUGGUGGAGGUAUACAUGAUGUUUCUUGGGGUUAA